CAUGCUCUUGAAGGACUUCCCUCAAGAAUAGGAUUACCGAGCUUCUGCCGGUAGCGUAGGACUCCGUUUUACGCCUCUCAUCGAAAACGAACAAAACAGUUUAAAAUUUUAACGGUUUCUUUUAACGGAGCUUCGUCUCUCUUUUUUAUAUAUAUUUAUAAAAUGUGUGCGUGAGGAAGGGCCUGGAGAUAGUUUUUAAUACAGAGUGAUUAGGGAAGUGAUUAACACGGACGAGUUUUGGGGCAAAGGUGUAUUUCACGAGAAAGCCUCACUUCUAGUUUGAAUGUUUUGCUCUGGAUUAAAGCAGGGUUUCAUACCCUUGACAACUUUAAAAUAGGUGGACUUCAGCGCCCAGAAUUACACACAGCGACCACCUAUCUUAAAGCUGCCAAGAUUGAGAAAGCCCGGGUUAGAGCAUUCCCCAAUACUUUCUCAAUUAUAUCAUCCCCUCAAAACUUACAAUAGUGUGUUCAUAGAAGUUAGUAGAGGGAAAUGUUUCUCAAGAUUAAAUAACAUUUCAAAAAGGGGUGGGUGGGAACUCCUGUAUUGUUUUCAUCUCUGCUUUUUUGGUGGAAGAGCAGGGCUCAGACACAGCAGUCAUAGCUCUUGGGUGUUAAUUCUUUUCUUGCCUAUAGACUCACAAAAGCUGGGGCAAAUAGAAGCAUCACCAUUCCACUGUAAUACUUUUUUAUGCCUUGAUCUUAACUUUGUCAUUUUAUAUGCUAUCUUCAAUUGAAAACAGAUCUGAAAAGGACUCGCUGGGCACAACUCUAGUGAAGAAGCAGUAACCUCACAAUUGAAUUGUUUAGUUUGAUGAGUGCUUUUGUUAUUAGUAUAUCAGGCUUCACCUUAGAGUCAGUUGGGUCUUUUUUUUUAAUCAUCCAGGUUUCAUCUUCCAUUCUCUUACUUUGCAAAAAGUCCUUAGGGAGUGCCUUUUUUAUCUUGGGAAACCUGGCAACUGGAAAUAAAUAUGCUACAAUUCUUUUGUUAUCCAAAAUACUGCAGUACUUCUCAUUUUAGGUUCCACCUGCUAGUAAUUGGUGUCUAAUCAUAGUCUACUUUGCAGGACUGUGUAACGUUCUUCCAUUUUUAUGAGAUGAGCCUGAUCAUACGUAAUUUGCAGAGAGCUAUUCCAAUCAGAAGAGUCCCACUUCGCAAGAAUAUAGAACAACUCCGUUAUAUUUUGGGUGUGCAAAAGUUUGACCUUGGUGUAAUUUGUGUUAGUAAUAUGUACAUACAGCAAAUCAACAGAACUUACAGACAGAAGAAUAUCCCUACUGAUGUGCUAUCUUUUCCUUUUCAUGAGAAUCUAAAAGGUGGAGAAUUACCCCAGCCCUGUUUUCAAAAUGACUACAAUUUGGGAGACAUUUUUCUAGGUGUAGAAUAUAUCUACCAACAAUGUAGACAGAACCAUGAUGAUUAUAACAGCAUUCUUACAGUGACAGUUGCUCAUGGCAUGUGCCACUUACUUGGUUAUAAACACAAUACAGAAACAGACUGGCAACAAAUGUAUGAAAAGGAAACACAAAUUCUGCAUGAAUUAAGCAAAUUGACAGGCACAAACUUUGAACCUCUGUCAAAACACCAUUUCUAAAUGUUGUAUUUAUAUGUUGUUUCAUUAAAAUAAAUCUAUUUUAUAAAAA